GUCAUUGUUUUGUUGCCUUCUGACUUUAACGAGUAGUACGUCUGUCAGAAAUCCAAACGUAGAGGAAUAUGCUUCUUUCCAUUGCAACUUCAACUAAGCUUCACAAUUUCUGUUUCAACUCACUUCAACUUCAACUAAGCUUCACAAUUUCUCACAAUAAUUCAGAAACUAUCUUGCUGUGUAGUGUUGUGUAGUGUGAUGGGUUGGAGAUGUAGCUGUGUUGUCGUUGUCUUAGUAACUCUAAUGCUUCUUCUGCCAUUUAUGGUUUCUUCAGCUUCUAUUGUCAAAAACCUUCCUGGUUUUGAUGGGGAUCUUCCAUUCAAGCUUGAAACUGGAUACAUAGGAGUGGGAGAAGAAGCAAAGGUGCAAAUAUUUUACUAUUUUGUGGAGUCUCAAAGAAAUCCUUUCAUUGAUCCAAUUUUACUUUGGUUCAUUGGUGGUCCUGGAUGCUCUGCCCUUUCAGCGUUCUUUCUUGAAAAUGGACCUUUAAGAAUGGAUGACAAUUACAGUGGGAACCUUCCAAAGCUUAAAUUGAAUCCAUAUGGUUGGACACAUAUGUUGAAUAUGAUAUACAUAGAUAUGCCAGUAGGGACUGGAUUUUCUUACUCAGAAACACAAGAAGGCUACUAUGGCAGUGCCACACUUUGGGUGGAACAUUCAUAUACUUUUUUACAAAGGUGGUUUCUUGAUCAUCCAAACUUUAGCUUGAAUCCAUUUUACAUUGGUUGUGGCUCAUAUUCAGGAAUACCUACUGGUCCUCUUGUUCAAAAAGUAUAUGAAGGAUACAUAGCAAAAGCUGUGCCACACAUAAACAUCAAAGGUUAUGUGAUUGCAAGCCCAGCCUUUGACACAUAUCACUAUAUCGACACGAGAAUUUUAUAUGCAUACCAUAUGACUCUAAUAUCAAAAGAACUCUAUGAGUCAUUGGAAGAAAAUUGUAAGGGUAAUUAUGCAAACAUCGAUCCAGAUAACACUAAGUGUCUCUCAGAUUAUCAAGAUUAUUCUCAGAUAGUUAGGUAUAUAAACGAACCACAAAUUUUAGAACCUCUCUGUAUCACUACACCUGGUGUGAACCAAGUAAUUCAACAACCAGUUCAAGAUGAUCAAGAAUUACGGUGUAGAAGUUAUUACAAUAUUCUUCUUAACACAUGGGCAAACGAUGAAAAUGUGCGGAAAGCCCUUCAUGUCAGAGAGGGAACAAAAGGGGAGUUCUUGAUAUGCAACAGGACUGAUUUGGCAUACACACACGAUCUAACCAAUGUGGUAGAAUAUUAUCUCAAUCUCACACAUGCCAACCUCCAAGCUCUCGUUUAUUGUUCUGAUCUUGACAUGUCAAUACCCCACAUUGAUACACAAUUUUGGAUCAAGUCAUUCAACAUGAGCAUACAUGACAAAUGGCGUGCAUGGUUUGUCGAAGGUCAAGUGGCCGGAUUCACAGAAAUCUACAAAAUGAAAGCAGACCACUACUUAACAUAUGUGACCGUGAAGGGUGCUGGACAUGUGGCCCAUAGAUAUAAGCCCAAGGAAGUUUAUAAUAUGAUCAAGAGGUGGUUUUCAUUUUCUCUUAUCUAAUAUCUAAUUGUGGUUUGAUACGAUUGAGUAUAAUAAUGUUUGUAUAACUUGUAGUUAUCAAUUGAGUUGUACUUACGUUAUAAUAUAGUUAAAAUACUCGAGUUUACUUUCUAUGCUAAUG